AUGGGGAUCUGCUGCAGCAAGGCGGCAGCAGGGGAGCUGGACGACGACGAGGGCUUGGGCUUCCCAUGGAUGCACGACGACCUGUUCCACAGCCACCUGUGGGCCAGCGCCGGCGUCUCCGUGCACACCAAGCAGGGAUGGAAGGGCGCCAACCAGGACGCCAUGACCGUCUCCCAGGACUUUGCUGGCCACAAAGGCCACAUCUUCUGCGGAGUGUUUGACGGCCAUGGCCCUCUUGGCCGGGAAGUCGCUCGCCAUGUCCGCGACACCCUUCCAGUGAAACUAGCCUCUUCUUUGAAACCGAAAACUGGAGAUGAAGAUUCAUCAAGCGAUACUUUGAGGCUUAAACCUCAAGAAGAUGAUUCAAACAGUAAUUCGAAGCUCAAACCUGAAGAAGAUGAUUCAAGCAGUAAUUUGAAGCUCAAACCUGAAGAAGAUGAAUCAAGCAGUAAUUUGAAGCUCAAACCUGAAGAAGAUGACUCAAGCAAUAGUUUGAAGCUCAGAACUGAAGAAGAUCCCUCAAGCAACACGGAUUUGGAUUCCUUUGACAAGUCAGAUAGCAGCUCGUCCAGUGAUGAUACGAGCGAUGAGAGCCAGCUGUUGUCCACUUGGAAGAACAUAUUCGUGAAGACAUUUGAGCAGGUGGAUGAGGAGCUUAGGCAACAUUCAGAAAUUGACUGCAUUUGUAGCGGCACAACUGCAGUCGCCGCUGUUAGACAGGGUAAUCACUUGAUCGUUGCCAAUUUGGGAGAUUCACGCGCUGUCCUUUGCACCCGGGACAGCAAGGACCGUCUGAUCCCAGUCCAGCUGACCACUGACUUGAAACCAGAUCUUCCAAGCGAGCUCGCAAGGAUUCUGAACUGCAACGGAAGAGUGUUUGCCAUGGACGACGAGCCAGACGUGCCUAGGAUGUGGCUGCCGGAUCAGGAUGCGCCCGGCCUUGCCAUGGCAAGGGCAUUCGGGGACUUCUGCCUGAAGAACCAUGGCCUUAUCUGCACACCUGAAGUCUACUGCAGGAAACUGUCUGAGAAAGAUGAGUUCCUGGUGCUUGCUACUGACGGGAUUUGGGACGUGUUGUCGAACAAGGAGGUGGUCAAGCUGGUGUCAUCUGCCAGCGACCCAUCCAAGGCGGCGAGGCAGCUGAUCGACCGGGCGGUACGAGCAUGGCGGUGCAAGUACCCGACGUCCAUGGUGGACGACUGCGCCGUCGUGUGCCUCUACCUGAACCGGCGGGCCUCUCCUGGUCCUGACGAGAACCUCAGAGUCCCAGGCACAGGAGGGGACGUGAAGCCGCCGGCCGUGCCGUUCACGGGCAGCAGUUUCCGCAGGGCUCUGAGUAACGGCGGCGGCGGCGAGGCGUCGUCGGAGGAGGGGACGGCGGUGUGGAGGGCGCUGGAGAGGGUGGCGCGGGCCAACUCCGUGAUCAGGCUGCCGCGCAUGGGGCGCGUGCUGAGCUGGCGGAGGCGGUCGAGCUCGCUGGACGAAGACGACGGCGAGGAGCGGGAUUGA